UGAGCUCCCGGGAAUCUCUAGACUUGCACUGAGAUCAGAAAGAUGUCUCGUUAAAUAUCAUCUAGUCUCAUUUGUUUUUCUUUCUUUCAGGAAGGAUAUUUCAAAACUCCUUAGACCUGUUCAGUACAUUAUGUCAGCUGUCAAUGACACCGAAUUCAGCUCUGCAGUGUUCCUUCUCACCGGGAUACCUGGGCAGGAAGACGUCCAUCUCUGGAUCUCUAUCCCCUUCUGCUUAGUGUAUAUUAUUUCAAUAGUAGGAAAUUCAGUCAUUCUGUUCAUUAUAAAAACAGACUUGAGCCUCCAUGUGCCCAUGUACAUUUUCCUUUCCAUGUUGGCCAUCACAGACCUUGCCUUUUCGAUAUCCACCAUGCCUACAACACUGGGUAUAUUCUUGUUUAACUCUAGGGAGAUCAGUCUGGAUGCUUGUUUUGCCCAGCUGUUCUUCAUUCACACACUUUCAUUCAUUGAAUCAUCGGUACUCCUGUUGAUGGCCUUUGAUCGAUUCGUUGCUAUCUGUAACCCACUGAGAUAUGCUUCUAUCUUAACCCUGCCGAGAAUUGGAAAGAUGGGACUGGUGUUUUUGCUAAGAGGGGUGUCUUUAAUAUUACCACUCCCCUUUCUUCUUAAACGGUACCAAUAUUGUCGAGACAAUGUCCUCUCCCAUUGCUACUGCCUGCACCAGGACGUUAUUAAGACAGCUUGUUCAGACAUCACAGUCAACUAUAUCUAUGGCUUCUUUCUUACAGUCACCGUGGUGGGGUUGGAUUCACUGUUCAUCUUCCUCUCAUAUGUGAUGAUCCUCAAAACAGUGCUGAAAGUUGCAUCCCACGGGGAGUGCCUUAGGGCCCUGAACACAUGUGUCUCCCACCUCUGUGCUGUCCUGUUCUUCUACACGCCACGGAUUGGCUUGGGUGUGAUACACAGAUUUGUGAAGGACUCUCCUCCGUUGCUCAACCUUCUCCUGGGCUACAUCUCUGUGUUUGUCCCGCCACUUGUGAACCCAAUUGUGUACAGUGUAAAAAGCAAACACCUUCGAGCGAGGAUAAUCAGGGUGUUCUUCAAGUGAAGGGUCAGUUCAUCACUUGGCUCCAGCCCCAGUGACAUGGGAGAUGAAAAACAUGGGCCACAACCAUCCAUUCUAUUCAGGACCUUACAUCCGAGAUGACAUGAUCUACUGAACUCCACUCUGUAAAGAGAGGUUCAGACCGGGUAUAAGGCCUGGAAGAAUGUGAGAGGGGCUGGUGAGGGAGGCUAGAACACUGGGGGAAGGAGACCAAGGCAGGUAGCAGCUUUCACAAUGUGUCUGUGUUCCUGGAGAGCCAGGGGACCAAUGUGAUGUUUGCUUAUAAAGAGCUGUAUCCUUGCCUGCUCCGACCUCAGAAUUCCUCUUGAAGGAGUCAAUAAGGAGAAAGGAGGUGGACGUUGUUUCCUAUUACACCUGGCCUGUCCCUGUUCUGUCUCUGGUUAAACAACCAUGAGCCAGGGGAAAAGCUGAGAGCUGUUCUUCAGUUCCGGUCCUCGCCCUUCCUGAGCGCUCUGGGUACUGCGUGAUCCGUGAGCGCUGCAACAGCUGUGCUCAGCAUCUAUUUAAGUGACACAGUCACCCCGCUUUCCCUUUGCCUUCAGCCAGGUGCACGUGACUGAGUCGUGUCAGAGAUAUGAUCA